AUGGCUUCCCAGCAUCACAGUCGCAAGCCUUCCAGUCGAGCUGGCCUGCCUCGACGGACCACGAAGGGGCCCCUCGAUGCUGUCGACGAUCUUCUGAUCACCCCCGGGGCAGUCACGCCAGCACGCUCUCCAUCGAAUCACUCUCCCCAUGCACAAUCCCCGCCAGGGGAGAGAGUCGAGGGUCGAAAACAAGCAGCAUCCUCCGAACGGUUGCAACCUUCAGAAAGAGCCCACGCUGCCCCAGCCAGCGAUGAGCAAGGGGAAGAGGAUCGGGAUCUCUCCUUUCUGCUUGAUGCAGCCAUAUAUCAUUCUCUUUCGCAGCUUGAGGUCCCCGGUCCGUUCCGUAGACCAUUUCUUCCACCCCCGACCAGCGAGUCGUCACUUAUGGAAGCUCGCGAACAGCUCGACCUGUUGCUGUCGCAGUGCGACUUUUUGAGAGCCGCCCAGCUCGCGGGGUCCAUCUUAACGUCAGGAACAGUGCAGCCAAACGAUGCUAAGAGCAUUUUUCGACUUCUUUCUCUCCGCUAUUCUUGCCUCGAGCUAUCGGGCAAUCUGUUGCUCGCUGCUCAGGAAGCCAAGGCUCUAGAGGACCUGAGCUCGGCUUUCUAUUAUGACCACACCAUUCCGCAGAAGGACGGAGACGGUGCUGGCGAACAGCUUGGCAAGGUUCCUCACCACAUAAUGCCCUUCACAUUGAGAUUGCAGGCUUUACGUCUCCAGAGCAUUGGCUUUUCAGAUCCGCGUCGAGGUGUCACUACUCUUUACGACACGGCUCUGGAAUGCCGGGAACAUCUGGCUGCGUCAACCACAUCUCCAAGUCAGCGGGCGCUGUGGACUGAAAGACUCAACGAAGUCUCGAUUCGGGUGGUCAACUCCUUGAUUGAAAUGGGUGAUCUUGACUGUGCAGCUCGGACAUUAGAGUCCAUCAAACCAGGAGAUGCGGAGCAUGUGGCUCUCUGGACAGCCCGAAUGGCCCUCCUCCUGAUCAAAAUUGGCGACGUCAGCAAGGCCCAGCGGUUGAUCGAUUCCGCGAGUCUGAACCCACUGGAGAAGCUCGCCUUGGAAUCUCUCCUCGCUGUUGCCGAAGGGCGAUACGAUAUUGCUUCUCAGAAGCUUUCAAUCUGUGAACUAGAAUCCAGCUCUGCGCUCAAAGGCCUGGUGGAACAGAAUCUUGCGGUGGCUUACCUUUACAGUGGGGAGGUUCAAAAAGCCAAACAAAUGCUCGAAGAAUCGGUUGACAACGGUUACACGUUCCAGACCUUGACCAUCAAUCUUGCUACUAUUUACGAUUUGACUUCGGAUAGAGCCCGAGACUUGAAAAUGGCAUUGGCUGCAAAAAUUGCCCAUCAGCAGAAGGAUUCUAUGCACAAUCGCUCGUUUGCGAAUGUCGACUUCAAGCUAUGA